AUGUUUCCAAGCUCCUUAAACCACCACAGUAGUCAGCAUUCACCUCCAUAUUAUCCACAACAACGACGGAGGCGACGCCCAAAUCUGGAAGCUUUUAGCAUUCAAAUGAACCCGGAACAGAGCUCUGUCUCGGGUUCUUUGUAUGAGUACAAUCCAGCCAUGGUACCUCGUUCCACAGAUUAUGAUGGAUCGGGAAUGGGAGGUGAAGCUGUAGGCGUUGACAACGAGGCUCGUGUUCAGCCCUUUUCAUUUGCCUGCGAACUUGCUCAUGGCAGUAAUCAGGUUCGCAUAUCGGGCUUUGCUAACAUCCCUGAACUCUACCAACGAAUCGCAGAGACUUUCAGCAUCCCUGUCUCCCAGAUUAUGUACUGUACGCUGGACACCGCGCAAGUGGAUAUGAACAAAUUGCUAGGCAAUCAGCUUUCUUUCAAUCACGUGAUUUAUGCCCAUACACGAGGUCAAACGAAGGAGGUGCGCUUCCUGAAAUCUGCCGAUGCACUGGGUCUAACUGUGUCGGAUAACAAAGCUGGUGGAGUCUUUGUGAAACGCAUUUCAGGCAGUGGAGUGGUGGCAAAGGUAUUGGAACAACAGCCUAACAGUAUUUGUCCUGGAGACCUCAUUGAAUGCAUCAACGGAAGGUCUUUCAUCAAUUCGCGCCACAUGGAUGUGGUGAAAUACCUCAAGGAGCUCCCACUCAAUAGCAAUAUUGUACUGCGUCUCAUUUCGCCCGAAAAAAGUCUGCUACCUGGAGUAUCCAGACGGCACAAACGUCCUGGCGCGCAAGGACUACAGACAAUCCGAUUCACCGCCACCGGUGCUGACAUCACGGAAGCUCUUUCAGCACUGUGUCAGACGUCCGAUGACCGUUCUGGGUUAAGUCAGGGUCAGAUGGUCUUGCUUCGCAGACUUGCUGAGACCGUGGAGGACUUCAUCGGCAUCGCAGAUGAAGAUUUGGCCCAAUCAAUAUAUGAUUUGGAAUGUCGAUCUGCGACAAAAGAGGAGUUUUUCGAGUUACUCAAAAAGCAACACUCUGAGUUCAAUUUUCCCCCACGGAUCGCGGAGAAGUUUUGGCUGGCCUACGAGUAUCACCUAGAUCCCAUGCGCAGCCUCAGGAAUUAA